AUGCGCCAUCUGUUCAGUCUCAUCCUUGUCUCCAGCUUGGCCUUUGGUGCCCCUAACCGCGCGUCUGUCGAAAGCGAUGCUCCGGUUUUCGAGAUAGAAAGAUUCUACGCUGGCGGCUUGCCCCCAACGAACCGUAACUUUGCAAUGUUCUCCAUCAGACCUACGCCAGGCUCCGGCUUCGCCAACUGUUCUGUAAACACCGAGACCGGGCCCGUAGUCCCCACCGUCACGAAGAUGGUCUGCUCCGACCACAACGCCAUCACAUGGAGCCUCGAGCCGAUGGGAACUGGGAUGCAUUUCAGAGUAUGGUAUGCGUUCACAAGCCACGGUUCGCAGUUUGGGGAGAUUCACUUCGACCCGGCCAAUUUUACGACCACGACAUUGCAAGGUGGGGGCCGAGUACAGUCGUAUUCUGGCAGACACAUGUUCAAAUUGCCUACUAGACUCGUGUUUCCGGCAUCAGGGUAG